UCGAGAUGUUGGCAUCCCGCACACCAAUCGUUCAGACGCACUCGCUCCGUCUUACUUUCGUUUUCCUUGUCCUAAGCAUUACGCACUUCGCCAUUGCUUUCGAUACCACGCGUUUUGACAACCUUGCUGUCUAUUGGGGACAAAAUUCUUAUGGCGCAACUCACCCAGAUGACCCAGCAAACUGGCAAAAACCCCUCUCGUUUUACUGCGGUGAUGACAGCACCAUCGAUGCAUUCCCUGUAGCCUUCUUGAAUGUCUUCUUUGGAACCGGCGGAUUGCCAUCUAUAAACUUAGCUAAUACCUGCAAUCCAACUGAUAAUGCAACCUUCCCUGGCACCCAGCUUCCGGAUUGCUCAGCGCUAGCUAGUGAUAUAGAAACCUGCCAGUCAAAGGGCAAGAUAAUUACCAUUAGUUUGGGUGGCGCGACUGGUUCAGUCGGAUUCAGUUCCGACAGUCAAGCGGAGACGUUUGCCGAUACAGUUUGGAACCUCUUCUUGGGUGGAAGUAGCGAUACUCGUCCCUUCGGAAAUGCCGUUCUGGACGGUGUCGACCUUGAUAUUGAGGGAGGAGGUUCUGGUUCCUAUGCAGCAUUCGUCAACCGGAUUCGUUCGCAUGCUGGCGGUGCUAGUAAGAAGUACUACGUGACCGCGGCACCCCAAUGCCCGUUUCCCGAUGCCUCGCUCGGAGCGGUUUUGAAUUCGGCCGAAUUCGACGCCGUUUACGUCCAAUUCUAUAACAAUGUCUGCGGCCUCAACAAUUUCAACCUCGCUCAGGACUGGGACUUCGGCCUUUGGGACAAUUGGGCCCGGACAAUGAGUCCGAACCCGAACGCGAAGGUUUACAUUGGUGCCCCUGCAUCGAGUACAGCCGCUGGACAAGGGUUCAUAUCAGCGGACACACUCUCCUCCAUUGCCGCACAGACGCGGAAGAGUUUCCCGUCAUUUGGAGGCGUGAUGCUGUGGGACGCAUCCCAGGCAGUUGCUAAUGAUCGGUAUGACGCCGCAAUUAAGUCCGCUCUGACAGCAGCCGGCGGAACAGGAUUUACCUUCCCGCCAUGUUCGGCCCCGGAGUUUGUCUCCGGAACUUCCUAUACCGGAGGCUCGCAGGUGUCUUUCAACGGAUAUAUCUGGCAGGCAAAAUUCUUCGCAUCGUCCACCCCUGCAAACGACCCGAAUAACGAAUGGAGCGCCAUUAGCGCUUGCGCAGGAGACGCGCCUUCCGGCAGCAGUUCUUCUUCGUCCGCUCCGAGCACUAGCGCACCUUCGUCCACCUCGACAGUGCCGAGCUCUAGCACAUCUACGCCCACCUCAACAGCGUCGAGUCCAAGCACCUCGCCUACAUCGCCUCCGUCAAGUGGUGGAGUAAACUGCGCCAGUGUCCAAACCUGGACAGCUGGUGUUGCCUAUACUGCAGGCGAGCAAGUCGUCUCGGGUGGACAUCUUUGGACAGCGAACUGGUGGACAGAGGGCGAUGUCCCGAACAGUGAGAUACUCCUGUGUUGAGUUCAUCUUACACACUUUAACGCAGAUUGGUUAUUAGCAGUCAACGGGGACUGGACCGACAACGGAGCCUGCUCAACGAGCCGUGCCGCGGAGACGAUAGCAACAAGCGCACACAGUGUAGCGGCAUCAAGUCCGAGUACCGCACGGGACGCAUCUACCGUGUCGUCGGAUGCUUCAAAGACUGCAAGUGUCGCCUUUGCACUAUCCUCUGCCCUUAGUGCUUCACACAGCAGCACAACUGCGAAGGCAGUAUCCUCCAAAGGAGAGGACUCGAAUUCAGCGUCUGCAUCCGCUGCGACUCCUGUAGUGUCCUCCACGGCCAAUACUCCUGAUCCCCAGACCAAGGAGAGACGCGCCAAGUCGCGUUUCUUCCGCUUCUAAGCCUUCCUUUGUUAUUCCCCUCUUCCCCAUUACGAAGAGCUAACACCUGGUGUUCUUUCAUUGACGUCGUCAUCACCUAUUAUGAUUUUAUUUACUGGAAUCUCUUUGGUCAUGUUGUCGAGUACCAACUAGGAAAUAUCAACCGAACGUGUCAUGUAUAUUCCCUUUCAUUGAUGUAAAAUGUCGGAGUGAAUGCUGG